AUGGGUAUCCCUAAAUUCUUUAGAUACAUCUCAGAAAGAUGGCCAUUGACCUCUCAGGAGGUUGAUAGUCAACAGAUGAUUGAGUUUGACAAUUUAUACCUCGAUAUGAAUUCCAUUCUUCACAAUUGUACACAUACAAACGAUGGUACCAUCAUCCACUUAUCAGAGGAGCAGAUGUUUGGUGCCAUUUUUGCCUACAUCGACCAUCUUUUCAACACAAUUAGGCCGAAAAAAGUAUUCUAUAUGGCCAUCGAUGGUGUUGCUCCAAGGGCAAAAAUGAACCAACAGAGAGCCAGAAGAUUCAGAUCCGCCGUUGAGGCAGAGCAGAAUAUGAGGAAGGCUAUAGAGAGAGGUGACCCAAUACCUAAAGAGGCUCCUUUCGACUCCAAUGCAAUUACUCCCGGAACUGAGUUUAUGGCACAAGUUACUGAGAACUUGAAGUACUACAUCAACCAGAAGGUGUCCCACGACUCCAACUGGCAGAACGUCAAGGUGGUCAUGUCUGGACACGAAGUCCCCGGUGAAGGUGAGCACAAAAUCAUGGAAUAUAUUCGUGUUCAACGGGCACAGCCUGGCUACGAUCCCAAUACCAGACAUUGUGUCUAUGGUUUAGAUGCAGAUCUUAUUAUGCUUGGUUUAGCUUCUCACGAGCCUCACUUUGCCUUACUUCGUGAGGAGGUGGUAUUUGGACGGAAUAGAGGUCAACCUUCUUCCGAUUUAACUAAACAGAAGUUCUAUCUUAUGCAUAUUUCCUUGGUUAGAGAGUAUUUGGAGCUAGAAUUCCAGGAUUUGGAGGAUCAGUUGACCUUUGACUACGAUUUCGAGAAAGUCUUGGACGAUUUCAUCCUCAUUAUGUAUGUUGUUGGUAACGAUUUCUUACCAAACUUACCAGAUUUGCACUUGAACAAGGGUGCUUUCCCGCUACUUGUCGAGACCUUCAAAGAGGCAAUGAGACGUACCGAUGGUUAUCUCAACGAAAGCGGUACCAUCAACAUGAAACGUUUGAAAGUUUGGUUGGAUAUCUUAUCUAUUUUUGAGCUCGACAACUUUGAGCGCGGCUCCGUCGAUGUGGAAUGGUUCAACAGCCAGUUGGAUAACAUUUCUCAACGUGGUGCCAAAAAGAGAGCCAGAGAGGGUAAAGAACUACUUUUAAAGCAACAGAAGAAGAUGGUUGGGCAUAUUAAGGCAUGGGUGUUCCCACUUUACAAUCAAAAAUUCUCCGUUAAAGAGAUGGAGGAAGAUGAGUCCAAGAUCCCCUCUUUGACCCUUCCUAGGGACUUCUUUGACAGCAAAGUCAACAUGAAGUUUAUCAAACAGUUCGCCUUUGAUGCUGGACUGGUAAUUUUACACAGUAAAUCUAAAGACACAUACUCUGCUAGAAUCGAUAUUGAUGGUAUUGAUCCAAAUGAAACAGAUGAAGAUUUUGAGAAAAGGGCUGAUGAUGUGAGAACCCAGAUCAAACGCUAUCAACGUAGUGUCAUUGUGGAUAGUGAAGAGAUUCUUGACGAUGAGAAGGACUUGUACAAUAAAAAGUUUAUUGCCUGGAAGAACCAGUAUUACAAAGACAAACUUGGAUUUACACUUGAUGACGAAGACAAAAUCAAAGACAUGACUGAGAAUUACGUUGAAGGUUUACAAUGGGUGCUUUACUACUACUAUCAAGGUGUGUGUUCUUGGCCAUGGUACUACCGGUAUCAUUACGCCCCACGUAUCUCUGAUGUGGCUAAGGGAAUGAGUGUUAAGAUUGAUUUCAACAAGGGAACUCCUUUCAAGCCAUUCCAACAGUUGAUGGGUGUUCUUCCAGCAAGAUCUAAAGAAUUGAUGCCUACUUGCUAUAGAACGCUAAUGACCGACCCUAAAUCUCCUAUUAUUGACUUCUAUCCUAAUGAUUGCCCAAUUGAUAUGAACGGCAAAACUGCACCGUGGGAAGCCGUUGUUCUUCUCUCCUUUGUGGACGAGAAGAGGAUGAUUGAAGCCAUGAAACCUUAUGAUGAGAAGCUUUCCCCAGAGGAAAAGAAGCGGAAUUCUUUUGGUAAGGAUUUGAUCUACAGCUUCAAUCCUCAAGUGAAGACGUUAGUCAAAUCGCCCGUCCCUGAAUGGCUACCGGAUUUCGAGUCUCAUUGUAUUGAAUCCGAGUUCUCUUUACCAUCUAUGGACGGGUUAAAGUUUAUUCAGGGUCGCUGCAAGGGCUCUCUUAUGGGAACUCACGCUCUUGCGGGAUUUCCAACCCUCAAGACGAUUCCAUUUUCGUAUGACUUGGAAUAUGCACACUUGGUGGUGUUCCAACAGCCUUCUAGAUCCGUGUCUAUGAUUCUUACCUUGAAAAACGUGUACUCCGGAUUGACUGUGGAACAGUUUGCUAAGCAGUAUGUUGGCCAGGUGGUCUAUGCCAACUACCCAUAUUUACGUGAGUACAAGAUCAUUUCUGUGACCGACAACGACAAGAGGUAUGAAUGUGCCAGAUCUGGCAAGAGUCGCAAGGUUAUUUCCUCUCCAUUGGAAGGAGUUGAACACGGCGACAACGACAAGAAUCGGCGUGAGAUCAUAUACCAAAUGAAAGUUAAGAAAGGUUUAAGAUUUGCUCGAAAUGAGGAAGUUUUAGACAGUAAAGUUAUGGAUGGAUCAAACCAAAACGGAAGAGAGGACGAAAAUCCAAUCAAAGCGCUUGUGUAUGCUAGAAGGGUGAUAGGUCUGGCACCAACCAAAGACGGCGCAUAUGUUAAAAUGCUUUCUAAAGAGGUGGACUGCUUCCCUAGACAAUUUAUUGUUGAAGAUGUGAUUCACAAGGACAAGCGGUUUGAAGAAACCCCACCAAUUCCAAUCGAAGAAGCCUAUCCGAUUGGUUCUAACGUGAUCUUCUUGGGCUCGUUUUCUUAUGGUGCCCCUGCCAAAGUCGUUGGUUACAGUGACGGAAAACUGGCACUUACAGUGACCGUCGUGGCCCAUAGCCACGAACCCGACUUUGGUAGCACCCGUGCACAGUAUGAAAAGCAUGCACUCAAGUUCCAUCCAUCAAAUACAGUGGCCAAGAUGCUCCACAUUUCUCCGCUGUUCCUUUCUAAGAUCACGUCGAUGUACUUGAUCUAUGCCCCGGGAGGAGAAAGAAGAGAAGAUGUUGGAUUAGGCCUAAAGUUCCAAGGAAAGCAGCAGAAAGUUCUUGGUUUCACACGGAAAAGCGAGCGUUAUUGGGAGUACAGUGAUUUAGCAGUGGCCACCCUUGAUGACUACAUGAAGAAGUUCCCUGAAGUGUUCAAAGCUUUGAGAAACUAUCAUGGAAACUCGAUUCCGGAGUCUGAAGAACUUUUCAGGGGUGUUAACGAGGACGUUUUGAAGAAGAAUUUGAAGGAGUUGAAGGACUAUUUGAGAGAAACUAAGGCCAACUUCAUCAAGACGUCAUUGAAUUCGGAUUCUCUAACAAAAUUCGGCAUUGGUCUGGUUGAAAAACAGAUCAUUAGUUACUCAAUGACGGUUCUACCAGUUGAAAAAAAGGGAAUCAAGGGAAUUCCACGUACUGCUGUCUUUGAUCCUUCGAAGAGAUUCCUGCUUUUGAGAAAGCAAUUCUUCGAGUUGGGAGAUCGUGUAGAGUAUGCAUUGGAUUCUGGCAAAGUUUCUUUAUUUUCUAAGGGUACUGUUGUUGGAGUCCGGUCUUACGACUCGAAGGUGUUACUUCAAGUUGUGUUUGAUCAGCCUGUGCUGACUGGUAACCAAUUUGAUGGCAGAUUGGAGACUCAGCGUGGACUUACCGUAGAUUCUUCUGCUCUCCUCAACUUGACGCAUGGCCAGUUUGUUUACCAUGCCGAUCCCAAGACCGCGAAAGCUGCUAAAGUCAAAAAACAGCAGCACCAGAAGCAGAAGCAGCAGGAAAAGCAGAAGAGUAAGAAGGAGUUACUUGGCGUGAUCAAGAAGGAGGAGAACCAAACGAACAAAACCGAGGCAGUUGAAGAUGCUGGGCAGACUAAAAGUCAACCUUCAGUUUCAUCUGGUUCGGCAGCCGUUCAGAACAUUUACAAUUCUGUUCUUGGCAACGUUUUAAGUGCAGGUCAACCUGCUGCUUCGACAGUUUCAAUGACAACGGGUGCAACUCCUGGGUAUUUCCCACCACCACCUCCAACAGGUGCACUUUACCAGGAUAUAAAUCAGCCACUUCCAGUUGCGUUCCACGAAACACAGCCAGUCGCUGAAAACCACUCUGAGGAGUCUCAGAAGCUUAUGAACAUGCUCAACGGUGGAGGACGUGAAGAAGACGGCCAGGCCGAGCCAGAGGAAGGGGUGGCUAUAGAGAAAACACAGACAACCAUGAAUAAUGAGUUAAGCGAUACACGUGAUAUGAAUUAG